GUAAAAAAAAAAGUGUGCUCGCUCAACUUAUGAAUACCUGACAGUGUUGAAUUUUGACCUGUAUUUAGAAAACUUCCAAAGCAGGUCAAUUAAACAAUGAAAUAUAGAAAUUUAUUGUCAAAUCUGUAUCAAAUCAGAGAAAAAUUACAUUAACGAAUUUGAUUACUUCAUCUGGUAUCUAUUGAUAAAGAACAGCCCGGUGCACAAGGCCUUUUCAAUUGGGAACUGAGCUGGUCUUCUGCAUUUACGUUAACACACCCAAAAUCAAUUUAUCUUUUGGAGGGAUGAUUUGAUUACGAAAAUUCGUAGAAGUACUCUCCACCCCAGAGGACAGCAAUAGUCAUCAGUACCUCCUGGUACUCAACAGUACCUCCGAUCCCCCUUUGAGGUGGGGGCGAGUGUGGCAGUGAGCACAUGCUCCAAAGGAGAAGACAAUUAGCCUAGAUAUGGAUGCCCCGGAGUGCUUUCCCUGUCCACUUACUGAAAGGGUUCAAGGGGUAGACUUAUCAGAGCCCCUCUGAAAUAAUUAAAUAAACUAUAAUCUGAGAUUAUAGGUAACAGACCCAAAGCAGUUCCCCAAACCUUUGCAUUUUUCCUCACUAUCCAGAGGCACCCAGCCUCGCCUCAUCGUCCCGCUGGCGCAGACCCUGGGACAAUCAAGUUUAUAGGGACCACCUGGCUCGGCUAAUCCCGGUGCUAGUUCUCUCUGGUUGGAAUCCCUUUUCCCUCGGGCAAGUUCACUUACAAAAGUUCUUGGAUCGCCAAGAAAGCUUUCUUUCCAGAUCACUGUGCGGACCUCCGUGUUUAGAGAAUUUCCAAAGAGAAGGUCGGGGAGCAGCCCUCCCGGCGGGGACGCGGGGACACGAGCCGUGGCGGGAAGGGUGAGGGAGGCAGCUCAGCCUGGUGAGCGGCGGUGGGGCCCGCGCCGGCCGCCCCCGCAGGGCCGCCUAUUUAGGGCGCAGCGGCGGGCGGGAGCGGCUGGGACUGCGCUUAUGGCUGCCCUGGGGGACCAGGUGCUGGACGGUUACGUGUUCCCGGCCUGCGCCGCCUACUCGUACCCGUACCCCUACCUACCCACCGCCAAGGGUAAGGGCUUAGCGGGCGGGGGCGGCUGGCGGCACCGCGGCGGGGACUACCCUCUCGCGUCUUCCUCCUCGUCCUCUGCGGCCCCGUCCUUCCCGGGCUACGGGCAGCUGAUGGCCGCCGAGUACUUCGACAGCUACCAGAGGGCGCAGCUCGUGGCCCUCCUGUCGCAGAUGAGCCCGGGCCUGGCCCCGCGGCCCCGCAGGGCGGGCAGUCGGGACAUGGCCGUGCAGGUGAACCCGCGGCGCGACGUCUCGGUGCAGUGCUCGCUGGGGCGGCGCACUCUGCCGCGCAGGCCCCGCGCCCCCGGAACCCCCGGCGGCUCCGGCCCCGAGGGCGCGGCCGGAGGCUCAGCAUCCCCGCGGCCGGCCCGCCCGGGCCCGGAGCAGGGCAGCCCCCCGAGCGGCGGCCCGCGGCCCGUGCGCUUCCCGCGCACCGUCGCCGUGUACUCGCCCGUGGUGUCCCGCCGCCUCACCGCCUUACUAGAAGGGGCGGAGACCGCGGCGGGCGAGCAGAGGUCCAGGGCGCCGGACGGAGAGCCGGGGCCACCACCGCCGAGGUCUCGAGGCCCGGAGCAGGAAGAGGGGUCGGCGAGGAAGGCGCCCCAACGGCCGCAGUCUAAGGAGGAGGAGGAGGCCGAGGGCCGCGCCGCGGUGCGGGCGAGCUGGGAGCAGCCGGGGGACCCAGCAGGGCUGCCGCCGCGGGAGGCCCGGGAAGGCGAGGCGGCUCUGCGGCCCCCGCCCAGGAGCCCCGAGCAGCCGCCGCCGGUGGGAAGGGCCCCGGACGACGAGGGCGAGCGGUCGUCGCCGCGGAGCCCCGAGCCCGGCAGCGAGCGCCUGCGUUUCCAGUUCUUAGAGCAGAAAUAUGGCUAUUAUCACUGCAAGGAGUGUAACAUCCGAUGGGAAAGUGCCUAUGUGUGGUGUGUACAGGGCACUAACAAGGUUUAUUUCAAGCAGUUUUGCAGGACUUGUCAGAAGUCUUACAACCCUUACCGAGUGGAGGAUAUUACCUGUCAAAGCUGUAAACAGACUAGAUGCUCCUGCUCAGUAAAACUUCGCCACGUUGACCCUAAACGGCCCCAUCGUCAAGAUUUGUGUGGGAGAUGCAAAGGCAAACGCCUGUCCUGUGAUAGCACUUUCAGCUUCAAGUAUAUCAUUUAAAUGAGUGUAAACACCCGUCCUGCAGACCUUGCAAGCGGAGCACACAAGGGAGCUUUUGUCCACGCCCCAUCUUCUUUCCUCCUCUCCCUUCUCAAAGUACUUCAUGAAAGGCUGUAGUU